GGUGCACCAUGGUACAGCUAAAGCCGCAGCCAAACACGCUGGCCAGCAAGCUGAUCGUGCAACAUCAGUACGGACCGUCGCUAAGCGAUUGUCUCGAGCUGGAGGCUGCCGGUCAACCGAAGGGUCUCGCCAUCAAGGGAACCUGGCGCUACGCCGAGGCGCGAUUAGCAGCGAGACGACAAGCACGUGCCGAGGCACGCGAAAUACGUAUGCGCGAACUGGAGCGGCAACAGAAAGAGCAGGAACAAACGGCAGAUCGUGUGUUCGAUCUGCAGCAGCAAUCGAUCGGUCUGUCCGAACCGGCCAACCUGGUGGCCACACCACGCACCAGCCGGAUGAUGGCACAGAGCGCAAUGACGCGGGGCAGUGCCCUAUCGUCCCGGCGUAAUAGUGAGGAUUCGCUCGAGGAGGAAGCCCGCAGUCUGCGCGAUCUUCGACACGAGCUGAAGGACGUUGAGGAGCGUUUCCGCAAGGCGAUGAUUGCGAACGCCCAGCUAGACAACGAACGAUCCUCGCUGAACUAUCAAAUACAGCUGCUGAAGGACAAGCUGGAAGAGGUGGAAGAGUCCCAUUCGCAGCUGCAGCGCGAGUAUCGGGAGAAGUGUCGCGACCGGGAAGCACUGAAGCGCAACAACGACAAGCUCAGCGAGGAGCUGAAGCUCGUCCAGGGUCAGCUGCAGGAGCGCGAUGCACUGAUAGAGCAGUACGGACUGGUGAUAGUAACGGUAGAGAACGAAGAUGGUACGGAUGCGCACCGUGCCCUAGUCACAGCGGAUAACGCCCAGCUGCUCAAAUCUGUUCCCGGCACAUUAGACGUAAGACUGAAGAAGUUUGCGGCCGAAAAGCAGGAACUGCAAACCGAACUGCAGGCCCUCCAGCAGCAGCUGAACGAUAUCAAGAGCAAGGGCAGACGGUACACCUCCAUGAACGGUUCGCUGGUCGACGAUGACUAUGAAGAUGCGCAGCGGGAAGCUAACAAGCUGAUCACGGAGUAUAAGUACAAGCUGCAGAAAGCGGAGCAGGAGAUCGCCAACCUGCAGGCUAGUCUGGCGCGCUCGGAAACGCAGGUGAUCCGAUACAAAAGUACGGCCGAGGCGGCAGAGAAAGCGGAAAGCGAUCUUAAGAUCGAACGAAGAAAGCUGCAACGUGAGAACCGUGAAGCCAUGGAUCGGCUGGAGGAGCUAGAAACAUCGAACAACCAUCUGCUGAAGCGGCUAGAUAAGCUUAAGAACGUCAAGAGCACCAUCAUGAAGGAAAUAUGAUAGGAACCGUCUGCGUCCCGUGCGCGUCCUCCCGGGCAAACAUCCGCGACAAUCCGGGACGGUCGAGGAACGAAACAUGGGAACAA